GCCCCAUGCUCUGCCUGUCGGGGCGGCCCCGGUCCCGCUGUACUCCUCGCUGCCGAUCGAGGGGUGCGGAGUCUGGCGUGGAGGAGUCGCUGCUGUUGCUAUCACAGCUUCCAUCGCCAUUGCAGUCCGCUAUGGCAGGUGCUAACGGUACUUAAGGAAAACAACCUGAAUAUUCCAGCUGGAUUGCUGAAGACGUCUGUGAUUCCUGGAGCUGCUGCUGUUUAAACAAGAACCUGUCCUGAUAGUACUUGGCCUUCAAUCCAGAAGCAUUCUCUUGGUCCUGUAUGCAAGUCCAUGACGUACUGGAAACGAUGGGGAUUGGUAAGAAUACCACUUCGAAAUCAGUGGAGGCAGGAGGCUCGACAGAAGGCAAAUAUGAGGAUGAAUCCAAGCAUCCCACCUUUUUCACUCUGCCUGUUGUAAUUAAUGGUGGAGCAACAUCGAGUGGUGAUCAGGAUACAGAAGACACGGAGUUGAUGGCCAUCUAUACUACAGAAAAUGGCAUAGCCGAGAAGAGUUCUUUGGCAGAGACACUGGACAGCACUGGCAGUUUGGAUGCUCAGAGAACUGACAUGAUUUACACUAUUGAAGAUGUUCCUCCGUGGUAUCUCUGCAUAUUUUUGGGGUUACAGCACUACUUAACGUGUUUCAGUGGAACUAUAGCAGUUCCCUUUUUGCUGGCUGAUGCCAUGUGUGUUGGAUUUGACCAGUGGGCCACCAGCCAGUUGAUUGGGACCAUUUUCUUCUGUGUGGGCAUCACUACAUUGUUACAAACAACUUUUGGAUGCAGGUUACCCUUGUUCCAGGCGAGUGCUUUUGCAUUCUUAGCACCUGCUAGAGCAAUACUCUCCCUGGAGAAGUGGAAAUGUAAUAAUACAGAUAUAACAGUUACAAAUGGAACAACAGAACUGCUUCACACUGAGCACAUCUGGUAUCCCAGAAUACGAGAGAUCCAAGGUGCUAUCAUCAUGUCAUCCCUGAUAGAAGUGGUGAUUGGUUUGCUUGGCCUUCCUGGUGCCCUGCUGCGAUACAUUGGACCUCUGACCAUCACGCCAACUGUUGCCCUCAUCGGCCUCUCUGGUUUCCAAGCAGCUGGAGAAAGAGCAGGCAAACACUGGGGUAUCGCUAUGCUGACUAUUUUCCUCGUAUUGCUGUUCUCUCAAUAUGCCAGAAAUGUCAAAUUUCCUUUACCCAUUUACAAGUCAAAAAAAGGAUGGACAGCAUAUAGACUGCAGCUGUUUAAGAUGUUCCCUAUAAUUUUAGCUAUUUUGGUGUCGUGGUUACUUUGCUUCAUCUUCACUGUGACAGAUGUCUUUCCCCCCGACAGUUCCAAGUACGGCUUCUAUGCUCGCACAGAUGCCCGACGAGGAGUGCUCUUGGUAGCUCCAUGGUUCAAGGUUCCUUACCCUUUUCAGUGGGGACUGCCAACAAUUUCAGCUGCUGGAGUUAUAGGAAUGCUUAGUGCGGUUGUUGCGAGCAUUAUUGAAUCAAUAGGAGAUUACUAUGCCUGUGCCAGGUUGUCUUGUGCUCCUCCUCCUCCUAUUCAUGCGAUAAACAGAGGAAUUUUUAUUGAGGGUCUCUCCUGUGUUUUGGAUGGAGUAUUUGGCACAGGGAAUGGAUCCACUUCUUCCAGCCCUAACAUUGGUGUCCUGGGUAUCACAAAGGUUGGAAGCCGUAGGGUUAUUCAGUAUGGAGCAGCCUUCAUGCUCUUGCUUGGGAUGGUUGGCAAAUUCAGUGCUCUGUUUGCAUCCCUGCCUGACCCCGUGCUUGGUGCCCUCUUCUGCACUCUCUUUGGGAUGAUUACAGCUGUGGGUCUGUCUAACCUUCAGUUCAUAGAUCUGAAUUCUUCUCGCAACCUGUUUGUACUUGGAUUUUCCAUUUUCUUUGGACUUGUCCUUCCAAGCUAUCUCAAACAGAAUCCACUGGUGACAGGAAUAGCAGGCAUCGAUCAAGUAUUGAAUGUUCUUCUCACCACAGCCAUGUUUGUUGGUGGCUGUGUUGCGUUUAUUUUGGAUAAUACCAUUCCAGGAAGCCCUGAAGAAAGGGGAAUACGGAAAUGGAAGAAAGGGGUUGGUAAAGGAAGCAAGUCACUGGAAGGCAUGGAAACAUACGAUUUGCCUUUUGGCAUGAACUUCAUCAAAAAAUACAGGUGUUUCAGCUUCCUGCCCAUCAGCCCUACCUUCAUGGGUUACACGUGGAAAGGCUUCAGGAAAAGCAGUACCUGCAGGAGUUCAGAUGAAGACUCAGAAGCUACAGUAUAGCCUUAGUUGAAACUAUAUUAUCUAGUUGUAGUAAAAGAUGUAUUUGCAGUUUCUUGCUGAUUAAGAAGCAUUAAAAUAUAUGUUUUGUAUAUCUGCAUUUAAAUUCUGGAACCAGAGCUGAGACGGAUUUAAAAAAGAAAAAAAAAGAGAGAAAAAAAAAAGCUUUCCUGUUGUGGGUGGUGGUAGCCAGAUAUAGUGUCUCUGUUGGAUUUCUCUUCUUCUUUUUGUCCAAAGCUAUAGAUACCUGCGUGCCCAAGUCUGCUUAUUUUAGAUGGGGCUUAGGUUCCUGAAGUAUGCAGGUGCUAUUGAGAAUGUUACUUUUUAUGGUGAUUUUAUUUAAGUCAUUGAUGCUGGCAUUUUUGGCUCACUCAUUGCUGGCAAUGUUAGUCAUGCCAGAAAAUCUGAAUCCUGUGAAAAGGAAAAAAAAAAUAAGAAUUCUAAUUAUGCCUAAUCAUGUAUAUAUUGUUUCUGACCACUGAUUUGCACAUUCCAUAGUUUCAGAUCCCUGGAAACCAGACUUAGUUUAAACUGGCAAAUCCUGACAUUACUUUUCAGAUGGUUUGAUGGUUCAGUCAGAUGCCCAGACAGAAGUUUCCAUAAGAACUUUGCCUGUGAAAACUCUGAACGACUUCUGUUGGCUUCUUGCUUUAGAAAGAAUCACUCGCUUUGUAUCAGUUUGCAUUUAUAAGCUUUUCCUUUUUCUGCCUGGCUUUUAACCACCUAACUACUGUCCAGGAGUAGGUUUUCUUUAAAGGGGGAUGUAUGUAGCUUGAGUUUUACAGAGAUGGGAGACUUAACUUCCAGGUGGGACCUGAUAGCAGUGAAAUGAAUGUAUGCAGCUAGAUGUUUCCUGAAGAAGAAGGUUAAAAAGGUGGUUCAAAGGGAAUAACACCUGCAUGCACGUGAUCAGAAUGCAACCAGCAUUCACUGGGAUGCAUCUGUGCAUAAAUUCUUGUUUGGUUGAGAUCCAGUGCUGCCUAUGAUUGGCUUCUGUUGCAUUGCAUUUCUUGUUUUCCUCUCUUUGUGGGAUUACUGUAAAAGCUCUCCACUUCUACAGAGGCCGUCUUGAAUGGCAGAGACACUACAUUUGAUGUCCUCAUCCACCGGAUGGUUUAACGGGUAUUGGGUCCAACCAGGGCACCAUUCAGAUAUAUUAUUAUUAUUUUUUUCCUGGAAUAGUCUCAGCUCUGAUGUUAUGUGAGUGUUCAUGCUCAUCAUGCAUUCAUCAUUAAAAGUUUCAGUCAUGUUUAAUGUUCUUACUAUUGCAAGUUAGUUUUAGACUUCGGUGUGGCCCCAAAAGCAUUUUUAAGCUGUGGAGAUCAUCAGGGAAAUGUAGUGUAAUGUAAUUUCAAGGCCAGUAUGCUCUACGGUGCUUGCGUUUUGUGUUCCUGGAGAAACAUAACAGUAGAUCCUGUAAUUCACUGAUGUAUUUAAUCAAGGUUUGACUACUGGACGGGAGCGCAGGAACUCUGUUUUCUGAGUCUACUUCCAUGUGAAUUUGUUAUUGGUUAUUGAAGCAUGGAUGGGUUGGGGUGGGGAGGGCAAGGAAAGAGCUUUAUGGAUCAGUACUGAGUAGUGUAGGAUUGGAAUGAUUCCAUUGAUAUCCCUUUUCAGCAUGUCAUGGCUGUUUCCAGAGACAUAAAAUAAUACUGUGGUUGUUUUUUUUUCCAUAACAAAGCAUGUGUUUGUUCCUGCUUCAGGGAACUUUCAGUAGUUUGCAGUCUUCGUGUCAGUCAGUCUAUUUUGAAAGCUGGUCAGAAGAGUUAUUGUGUCAAAGACAAGGUUGGUUUGCCUUUAAAACUAAGUCAUUUUUGUCAUUUGAAGUUCUCCUCUACAGGUAGAAUCGUGUUAGGUUUUCACAUCCACUUGCAAAUAGAUUGAAGUGUGGAGACUUCUAUUUAGUGGCACAGGGCUUCCAAAUUUCCCAACUUCACAUGCAACCAAAGAUGUGUGAGAGAAAUGGAGGAGUUAAAAUAAAUGGGCAAGGAGACAAAAGAAAAUCCAGUCGUGUACGGUAGUUAUCAUCAUGUAAAAUGCCAAAGUUGAUUGUCAGGAAAAUGCUGAGAGGGGCAAAGGUUUGGUAUUCAGAGCAUUGCCACCUCUUAAAAGCUGAAGUGCAUCACUCCCAGUGAUGGAGCUGAGCACAGCAAUGAUUGCCAUGUCCUGAGGCUUUGCUCAACUUUUCCCCCCAGAUAUGAGUGUUAUACUCGUUGAAGAGACAAGGCGAUGAGAAAGAAAUAGUGAUCUUCUCUCACCUUUGGAUGGGGUGAAGCUUUCUGUGUUCAGCACUGUCUUCACUUGAGUAUGUCAGAAAGAACUGCCAAGGUGAUUUGUGACACUUGGGUUAAAUUAAAGCAGUGAAUCCAAUGAUUCUUCCCUUUUUCCUGGGGCAAAACACCAAACCUCUCCAGUGGCGUAGGCCAGGCUUAUCCAAAGAGGUGAAACCAGAUGAUUCUGUCCAACUUGGAUAUAAUUCUUUCUCAGCUUUUGGUUCUACCAUACUGAUUCUGUAGACUGGCUGAGAGGUACAGUAGCAUUUAGCUGGCAUGCUUUGCUUUUCUAGCCACUUAAUAACACUAAGAUAAAUAGUUGUAGUUAACAGUCAUUUUUGUAACCAGUUUUGCAAUGGAGAUCUGCUGAAGCACGUGUAAUGUAUAGCAGAAGGUUAUGAUGGUCUUGGUGUUUCCCUGGAUGUUCAGGGAUGGUUCUGAUGCAGCUGCUGCACCCUGAAUCUUUAUAUUGAAGCACGCAUCGUGGACCCUAAAUAUUCCUCCCAUGUCCGCUUUUCUACAUUAGAGUCUUAGCGUGGCUGGUGUGAAAUGCCCUUAACCUGGAGAAGAACGGAUUGAGCUGCGGUGCAGCAGUUGCUGCUGGUUCCAAAAGCACUGAAAUCCUUUGUGUCAGCUGUUUCCAUCUGUGUGAGGGCAGCUGGGUAUGGCUGUACACUCAGUAUUGUGUUUUAUCCCAUGUUUGUGAUCUCCUGCCUUUCAUACCACGAUGCUGAGCAAAGCUGCCUAGAGCAGAAGCCACCUGAUGGGAGAGUGAAGUGGCAAUGAGGUGUUUUGACCAAACGUUGAGGUGGAAGGGCAAAUAUUCAUGGUAGAAAACUCAUUUUGUCAUAUCAGAGAUGGUUUAAAAUGUGUGCAAAAGGACACAGCUUUGGACUUUUGUAAUGGAUCUUGUAUUCUUUUAGGUUAAAUUAAGGAUUAUUGCUAACGUGUUGAAACAACAUUUUUUUUUCUAAAGCAAAUACGUGCAAAUUAUGCCUAUAGAAAUUUAGGUUUCAUAGCGAGCUCAGCUAUGAUUGAUUAAUGUUGUCAUAUUAGAAUGCGUCGGCAGAGAGACAUGACCAGAAAGUUCAACCUUUAAACCCAGAAUUUGCUUUUAUGCCUUUUAAUACUGACUUGAAAUAUGACAACUUGGUUUGUACAUGAAUAUUGCAGUAUUUUAUUUCCAUAUAUUAAGAAUAACAUUUCCACUCAGGAUAAUGACUGCGGUUUUUCCUGGGAGGGAGUGGUAUGAUUGUCAUGACAAUGUCAUGUGAUGGUAGAAUUUCUUCAUUGACGAAUCUAUAGUAGUUGUGUAUACUUUAUUUACCCAUCUUUAUGUUCCUAACCGAAAACUAAAGGGUUUCUUUGUUAUUCAUCUCCCUACUGAGAUCUCAGCACUCCCAGUGCAGAAUUGGCUCUUGCAAACUGAAAUCCUCAGUGCUGUUUAUUACCACAGUUGGUGUGUCUGUAACACAAAAAGGUGUUUGAUUGUGCUAUAAAAGCACUGCAGGCACACGUGGUUUAUAACAGCCAGCUUCCAAUGUUCCCCAUUGGAUGUUCACGCCAUCUAAUAUAACCUGUGCUUAACAUGACUUGCGUUAUCAGUGUAGAAAAUGCAUGUGACAGACCAGCGCAGCCCACAGUGUUUCUUUUAUGUGGCCUUCUUAAAACCAAAAUCUGCUUGAGUAAGUGGGUCACCUUUUCUUCCCCCCCCACCCCAAAAUGUCCCACUUUGUGCAUGUUUUGUACUAUACCUUGCCAAGGCCGACAGCCUUUUUGGGGGGCAUGGGGAUGACAGGCACUCAAUGCUCUCAUGUCUCUAUAGCUACAACAGCUCAUUACAGUAUUGAAGAAGGCCACAAGUUUGCUGGUGUUCAGCUUCUGCCCACGAGUCCAUCCAGCUGAGUGCUGGGCUGCUUUGAAGCACUGGGGUUCUGCAUUUAGAAACAUCCCAACUAUUCCUGUCUAGUUCCGAUUCGACUGUGACUGUGCAUUGUCAUCCAUACAUAAUCGAUAUGAGAGAGAGAUUUAGCAUUGCCUCGUGUAAUUAGCUGGCAUUUAUCACAUCUUUCCAGGUCAACCAUCUUGCUGCCAGUCCAAAUUGUUGUACUUUUGUCUCUUUAUGACAACCUUGGGCGUAACAAACUAUUGACUGUUCUUAGGCAGUGGGGAUAAAUAUAUUUCCUUCUUUCUCAUCUUAGUGACUGACUUGGGCUGUGAAACUUCUUUGUUAAGCAAGAGGGUUUUUCUUCCUUUUCUCCCUUUUUCCCCCUUUUUUUUGUUGUUCUGAGAUGUGUAAUUAAUUCUUUUAUGGAGUUUUUUUUUGUUUAAUUUCAUAUUAUUUUUGUUGUUUUUUUUUUCUAACAUUGCUUCAUUAAACGAAUAUUUAAAAAUGUAAUAUUUGGACCAGAUGUUGUGAAUAAUAGUAGAUAAAAGCUAUUUUAUUCUGUAUUUUUAAAGCUGUUCGGUAUAAAUAAACACGGGCAUAGAUGCAA